AUGACUUCCACAACGACCAUGGCCAUGGCCUCCGCCACGCCGACGGCCAUGCCCAUGUCCAUGUCUGGCUCGUCCUCGGACCUCAUGGGCAUGUCCAUGAUGAGCAUGACCUUCUUCUACUCCCUCGUGACGCCGCUCUACUCGACCGCCUGGACGCCCGCGACCACGGGCCAAUACGCCGGCACCUGCAUCUUCCUCAUCGUGCUCACCGUCAUCUACCGCGCCCUCGUGGCCUUCCGCGCGGCCAUCUUCGCCCGCACGCAUCUUCCGGGGCACGCGUCCGCCGUGGACGUCGAAAAGGAAAAGGCGUCGCUGCGGCGGUUCAAUGCCGGGCGCGAGCUGGUGCGCGGCGUCGUUGAAGCCAUUACCGGCGGCAUCAGCUAUCUACUGAUGAUCGCCGUCAUGACAAUGAACGUGGGCUACUUUGCCUCGGUGAUCGCGGGCUUGUUCCUUGGCGGCUUUCUCGUCGGCCGGUUCGACGACGCCCCAGCACAUUGUUGA